CCAAACUCCACCUCUACUAUUCCAACGUGUAACAAACACCACGCCAUACCCGCCAGUUUCCCAUCUAUCAAUCUCUGCCAUAGAGCAGCAGUCGACACACCUCCCUUACUCUUCAUCUUUCCUCGGUGCUUCCUCUCCCUGCGCGACCUGACUGCAGGCUGAGAUCUGUCUUCCUUCCCCGCAUCCUGCAGAACCAUGCCCGUUCCUUAGCAUCCUGAGAAUUGAGAUGCCCUCUCGUCUACGGAAUGCCGGCUCAAGCGCAGACGCCGCGCAGCCGGAAUCUCGCUACCAUAUCCCUGGCCUUCAGUAUCAUGACUCACUGGCAUGGCGCGCCGGAAAAGCCAUUCCCAUCGCCGACCUCCUCAACCGCUUGCAGAAACUGGGCACCGAGCUGCGCAACUUCGAUGCCGACCAAGUCGAUUCCCACUCCUUCACCACACUCGCCCAUGACCUUGCAAAUGCCAAUCUUCUAGGCCACAAAGACAAGGGCAUAAGAGCAUGGACUUUGUCGUGUAUUGUCGAUGUAUUGCGCAUUUGCGCCCCAGACGCUCCCUUUGUUGAGAGCCAGCUCAAGGACAUCUUCACUGUCGCCAUAAACUCCAUUCUACCUUCCCUGGCCGAUCCGUCAAAUGCAUAUAAUGCGCAACAUGUCUACAUCCUCCAAUCGUUCGCCGAGUCCCAAAGUAUCCUGCUACUGACCGAUAUUCCCGACAACGACAGCCUCAUUGUCUCCCUCUUCACUCAUGCCUUUGACAUUGUAUCCACUGGCAGUAAUGCCAGUGGGGUUGAAAUUUCGAAAAGCGUCGAGUACCAUCUCAAGAACCUGCUGGCUGCCGUCGUUGACGAGGUCUCCCUUCCUCAAGAGGUAACCGAUAUCGUCAUCUCGCAGUUCAUGAGAGUUGACGCUCGAGCCGCCCCAGAACCGACAAAAGGGAGGAAACGAGAGCUCCAAGACAACAAGCAAGGUAUCUUGUUGCUCAAAGACUACCCACCGGCCUACAAUAUGGCAAAGUCAUUGUGUACAACUUGUCCCGACAAAAUGACCGCUCAUAUCACCCAAUACUUUGGCACAGUGAUUGUGGACGCGAGUGCGGCCAUUCAAGAUAACGCGCCGUCAAGACUCGCCCAUAGGAGGUUCUCCGAUCUUGAAGACUCGGACCAUGACCAGGACAGUCUAGCAGACUUACGCAAGGCACAUCGUCUUCUCAGGGAGCUCUGGCGUGCCUGUCCCGAUGUCCUCGCCAAUGUGAUUCCGCAAAUCGAGGCAGAGUUUUCUGCAGACGCUCCCAUUCUUCGUCAACUCGCAACUGAAACUCUCGGCGACAUAACUGCCGGAAUCGGUAUCGCAGGCCUUGCCCAGUCCAAGUCCAUCGAUCCGGCUGCCUAUCCGCUACCAUCCAUCGACCAAGCAGAACCCCCGAUCCAAGAACCGAAUCCUCUACUGACGCCCGCCUCCCCCAAGCCUUUCUCCGCCGUCCAUCCGGCCGCUUACCGGUCUUUCUUUGGCAGAAGACAGGAUAAAGUACCCGCUGUUCGCAUAGCCUGGACAAAGGCUGCAUCCAAAAUCCUGUUCACUUCUGCUGGCGGUAUUGGCCUUAAUGAUGACGAACGGCAAGAACUGCUCAUGGGUCUUGCUCAGGCUCUUCGCGACCCAGAGGAGCAUGUCCGUUUGGUCGCAAUUCAUACUCUGAACGACUUUUCCUACCACUCUCUCAUCAAUAUCAUUGGCUCUGACGGAGGCCUGGAGAAGCCAGAUACCGUGUUUUCGUCUCUGGCUGACCGUGUUAUGGACCGAAAGCUCCUGGUCAGAGAAGAAGCGGUGCAAACUUUGGCGCGGAUCUGGGGUGUGGCCUCAAGAGAUAUUGAAGAAGGUGUUGAUACCGUCAAAUCCAUCGUCGGUGACAUUCCCAAUCGCCUGUUGAGAGCAUUCUAUACGAGUGACAGGAAUGUGCACGCUUUGAUCGACAAGGCCCUACAUGAGAGCCUUAUUCCACUUUCCUUUCCACCGACCAAGAUGCCAGCUGCGCGAAACGAGAGCCAGAGGCAGAAGACCAAAGAAAAGGAGAACAGUUUGCAAGAGGCCGUUGUGGCCGAUCCAGACGCCAUCAGAGUCCGCCGGAUUCUGACUUUGGUGCAAGGAUUGGAUUCAAAGUCCCGACCGAUUUUUUACCACCUACAAAAUCUGCAAGCUCAGUUAGGCAAGGCAAUUCUCUCUUUUCUGCAGAGAUGCGAAGAAUACAACGGUGGUGUAGUGGAGAACGCAGCUGUGGAGGUCAAGCUCAAGAAUCAACUCACGAAUCAAGUCGAGCAACUUUCAAAAGGCUUUCCCAAUCCCAGUGAUAUGUCCGACGACUUGUGGAAGUUUAUCAACUUGCAUAACCGUCGAUGGUACCAGCUUAUAAGGUUUGCUGUCGGUCCUGAACACGACUAUCGUACUGUGACCAAAGCCAUCAAGGAACUUACCAAGCGGAUUCGUGAAAGUCCGACAAAUCUUCAGCCUCUCAUACACACCAUUCUACCCUUACUGUAUCGCUCCAGCGUCAUUUUCUAUAAUCGAAGCCACGUGCCCGCAAUCAUGGACAUAUCGAGGACGGAUGGAAGCCCUUUGGGCCGGAUUGCUCUCGAAAUUCUCCAAGAGAUCUCUGCCAGAAACCCCGAAGUUCUCAAAUACCAGAUCCAGGCCUUGUGCAAGGAGCUCGAGGAGGGAGCACCGUCGAUGUCAAAGCCCGAAGAUGCCGGGGCUGCAAACACGUUGAAGGCUUGCGCAGGCUUUGCUCGAAAGUACUCUAAUGAGGUACCCAAAGAUCGAAAGUUCCUAGGCUCCCUGGUCAACUUUGCAUUGUACUCCCAUUCACCACGCGCCGCCAAGCACGCAGUCUCAAUUGUCCUUGCCGUGGCAGACAAGAAGGAUAUGUACGCAAAGGACCUUCUCACGAAAGCCCUAAAGGGACUGGAACCGGGGUCAACCCACUACCUGUCGCGAUUAGCCACCAUUUCCCAGGUCUGCUUGUAUGCGCCUUCAGCUGCAGAAGUUGAAGCCCAGGCUAUUAAAGAACUGACGGUGACCAAAGUGCUCCAACGAAACAACCAUCCUUCAAAAAGGGAAGACCCUAAUGCGUGGGACGAGACACCUGAUAGCGAGUCAUUGUCCAAGGAGUUGGCUCUCAAGGUGUUCGUCAACUUGACCCGCGCCUGGGGAAGUCAAGGCCAAAGCGACGCAUUUGAGCAAGCUGGUACGGAAGCUUUCAAGUAUCUUACUCUCUUGAUUGAAAAUGAUGGCGAGAUCACCUCGAAAAAAGAUACGCCGCCGGCUCAGAAAAACUUUCUACGAUUGGUGGCCGCCCGCUUCAUUCUCAAGUUAUGCAGGCAUAACCGCAAGUGUGAAGACUUUGUCACACCUUCAACGUUCAACUCAUUGAUGAUGGUCAUGAUCAGCCCACCAAAUGCCGUGCGCAAGGGUUUCGUGAAUCAACUGAAGAAAUACCUGGGUCAUAAUCAACUCGCUCAUCGAUGGUUCACCGCUUUCUUUCUUCUUGCCUUCGAACCCGAUGUCGAGCUUCGACUAUCUACAAUGACCUGGCUGCGAUCCCGUGCACAAUUCUUUUCCAAACAGCAGUCUGAGAAGAAGGCACACGCGAACAUCAUGGAGUACACUUUUGCACGGCUUUUGAGCUUACUUGCUCACCAUCCAGACUAUCCAGCAAAGGACGCAGGUGACUUCGACGGGGAGCUGCUCGACUUCUCCAAGUACAUCAUCUUCUAUCUAUCAGCGGUGGCCACUGAGGAAAACUUGUCGCUUAUUUUUCACAUCGGACAGCGUAUCAAAGGUGCAAGAGACGGCAUCACGGCAGGUGAUGAAGCCAACGAACGUCUUUAUGUCCUGAGCGAUUUGGCCCAGGCAGUCAUCCGAAACUAUGCCGAUUUGAUGCCAGCUCACGCAAAAGGGACAAACCUUCUGCAGACAUGGCCUGGCCAAGUCACCCUACCGCGAUCUUUGUUCAAAGCUCUCCCAAGUCACGAGGUAGCGCAGGAGAUUGCCGAGAAGAAUUACCUUCCUGAGGACGUUGCGACAGGGCUAGAGAAAUUGGUUCGAGGCUACCUGAGAUCAUUGACCCAGGCUGCGAAACAAUCAAUCAGACGAGGGGGCACUGGUCAGAAGAAGAGAAAAAGCGAGGUUUACCAUUCAGAGGACGAGGAUGAUGAAGCAGAUGCCAAAGCCAAAACUGUCAAGAGAGCCAGGAAGUCAACUCUGGCAAUCAGAAAAUCCCCUAAGGCUAAGAGGAGGGCAUCUGAGCCUGCAAGCCCCGAGCUACCCUCAAGAAAGAGCGCCCGGACCUCCAGUGCUGUCAAGUACGUGGAAGCCGAUAGCGAUGAGGAUGAUGCGGAGAUGGCUGAGGACGAUCGGCUGGCAAGCAGUCCUAGAGUCGCUAAGAAGCCGGCUCAAGUGGACCACGAUGCCAGCCGUGCCGGAGAAGUUGCAAUUGAGUCAGCUGAUGGAGAUGAUAAUUUGGAUAAGAACGAUGAUGAAGAGUCCUCGGUCCAAAAUGGUCAUAACAAGGCUGAAUUUUCGGGUACACCGCCCAAGGAGAUUGAGGAUGAGGAAUCACCAAAUCAGGUAGAUGUUGCAAUUCCUGGAAAGACCAAGGGACGAGGCAGAUCUACGAGGACAGGACCACCAUCACGAAAGAGUUUAGCUGUCAAGAAGGUCCCUGAGCGUUCAAAAAGAGCAUCAAGACAGAAUCGUGGUGGAGCAAAAUGAAAUUUGGCCUUUUUUUCGAGAGGCAUGAAUGAGAAUAUGAAGUGGAGAGACUCUCGCCUUGCGCAGGCGAGCGGUGUGUGCUCUUGUCUAAGUCAUCAGCCUUGAUACAGGGGUCUUCAAGGCGGCGCACAUCAGUAUCUGCUGACAGGCCAUUAUUCGACAGUUGAAAGCAGUUCAGCAUCUUGCUUUUAGAUUUUGCUCAGCAUUGAAUACUUAUCCGAAGAACACCAGCCACAAUCUGAAGGGUCAGCUUCAAUCAGCUUAUAAUCACAAAAGUGGUGCUCAUCAAUUGAACAUGUUUCCAACCUUCCAACCUUCCAAUCUUCCAAAACAGAAGACCAAUCAAUCCAUCAUCCAGGUAUGUGUGAAAUCUUUUUACAAUUAUGCCAAUGUCAUGUGGUCAGGAUCAUACCCCUUUUAUUGCGCCGCCUCGUCUCGUUCAGUGAAAUCAAACGCGUGCUAUGCGUGUUUGUCGCUUACAAUCAUCGUAUGUCUCCUCAAUCGGCCACUUCCCAUGUCAGAUCAAUCGACAACAGUUGUGUUUGGCUCUCAGUGAUCUGUUUACAGCUGGGACAAUCUUAUUGAUUCUCUGUCAACGUGAUCAAACGGUGCAGAACAAGCAGUGGC